CCUCCGCCUCCCUUGGCAGCGACCUCGGCUCCCACCCCAACUUUGUCCUGCUUCCAGCGCGCAAUCCCUGCUCUUCCCUUCUUAAAAGAGGCAGAGCCUCCUCUAGAAAGCCAGAGGAAGAAGAAGGUGGAGGAGAAAGGAGGAACAGGAGCCCCUGAUCUGCACCCCAAGAUGGAAGUUGGGGUCUCCUCAAGUUGGGGUAUUUUCCUCAUUGACAGAAGACUUGGAUCAUUUGACCAUGCUACCUGCCCUUUGCUUCUCCACCAUAUCUGAAAGUCAAGCAGCAAAUUGAACAAAAUAUUCAAUGGAAACCCAUUCCUUUCUUUUUCUUUAAUGGAUUGAACCUCUACAAUUCUACCUCAAAGGUUCUUUAAAAUUGGGAGAAGGGAGCAAUCCUGAAACAGUACAGUACUCUCAGGAUGGACUACAGACCUUCAAUAGUAAAUAAGUUAAAUGUAGCCAGUAUACAUAAAAUAAGGCUUAGGCAUUUCACUGUCCAUGUUCACUUUCUCUAAGACUGAUUCUGGACCUGCUGACUGUGUGACAAUAGAUUGCCUUUACAGCAUUGUAAAAUAUUUCUUAGGAGAAUCACCUCAGACUUUCUGUGCAUGUGUAAUGUAUGUGCAAUUUGAAGAGAGGCUAUGUGAUUGCAUCCUUAAUUCAGCUCAUAGUUUAACUAAUUAAAAUUCACAAUAUGGCAGCAACCUACAGGCGUGUCGUAACAACAGUGAACUGUUACAGCAGUGUUGUGAUAGAUCGUCGACUGCAACAUGCUGUGCAUUACUGUACUGGGGCAUGUCAAGUAUUCAAGCAAGGAUUUAUGUGCAUAGUGGCUCACCACAGCAUUUGUGCUGAGCUAAUUAAGGUUCCUAUGCCCAGUAUUAGAAGUUCAGAUGUGACCCACAGGCUUUCAGUGCCUGAAAAUUCCCUUGCUUUGAGUGGGGAUGAAGAUUAUCACCAAAUCUUUCCCAGUAAUCCAAGAAUUAAAAAGGGGUCUUCUAUUCAAAGCACUGGAAGUCUGAAAGAUAUCACAGGAGAAACUAUAAAUCUUGCUAGUGGAAAAAUAAAAGAAUUUUCAUUUGAAAAACUAAGAAACUCUUCCAAUCAAGUGAGUUAUAGAAAGGGAAGAAAAGUAAAGUCAGAUCCAUUCAAUAGAAGAUCAUUAGAUUUUGACUUGAUCUAUGGACAUUUCAGCAAUGACGAAAAUUCCCCCCCUCUAUUUGGUCUGUCACAUAAGUCCUCUCCUGAUGAGAAAUGGCAGGUCAGAAGCACCUCAGUAGAAGAAAAUGUGAAUUCUACAGUUCCCUCGUCUUUGCAGACUUUCUCUGAAGAUAGUUUUAUUACACAGAUCUUGGAAAAGCACAAAUUAGAUGGUUCUUCUAGUGGGGACAUUAAGAUGUGCCUGGACAUCCUUCUAAAAUGCUCAGAGGACUUGAAGAAGUGUACUGAUAUAAUAAAGCAGUGUAUCAGGAAGAAAUCUUCAGGUAGUGUUAGUGGAGGAAACGGUAAUGAUCCUGUGGCCAAUUCUGAAGUGAUCUAUAUGAAUUUAAUGACAAGGUUUUCUUCUUACCUUAAAAAACUGCCUUUUGAAUUUAGGCAGCCUGGGCUUGCUGAACCUGGUGAUAUGGUAGAACUGCUUACCAGUUUGUCUGCUUUUCAGCAAUCUCAUUUCCCACCAGUAUUUAGCAGUGAACAGCCACCAAGAUAUGAAGAUGUAGUAUCUUCCCCAACCUCUAUGACUAGGCAGUCUUUCACCACAGACUUACAAGGAUGUCACAUUAACAAUAAUGCCAAGUCAUCAACCAGACCUACCCAAAUCCCCAAUAUAGAUUUGUCCUCAAAAGUUUUGUAUGUCAGCAACCAGAAUGACAACUUAGGAUCAAGAAAUGAUCCUACUUCACCACCUCAGUUAUUAUCAGUAAACUCAUCCGACUGCAUUUCUCCCACAGAUACUUUGUACAUUGUAGAAGAAUCAGAUAGAGAAAAGGUAUUAGGGAGUGUAUCAAGUGACAAGAGUAGAGCAAUACAGGUAAAUUCAGAAAGCAGCCCACAGAAAUCUGAAAGGGCAGACCCUGCUCUAGAUCCUACUAAAACAUUACCUACUGCAGCACAGAACUCAAGUCCAGCAACCUCUACUAGUCAGGGCCUUGACUGUACUGUUCAGACUUCAAAACGAGAGCUGAGACAAAAUAAUCAAGAAGAGAUAGAUAAACUUUUGUUGGAUUUGGAACAUUUUUCACAGAAAAUGGAGGCUACUUUAAGAGAGACUACCAUGAAGCAGAGUGAUGCUGCAUGUUUGAAAGAUAGUAAUCUAUCACUGACUCCUGACAGUAGAGGUAAAGCCUGUUCACCUGCAGAUAAGUGUGCCUCCCCCUCUUUAUCAAAACUCGUAGAAACCAAUGGACAUAAAAUGGAAGAAGAAGAUAAAACUCUUUUACUCCGUAUCCUUGAAAGCAUAGAAGACUUUGCUCAGGAGUUAGUAGAAUUCCGAAUGGGGAAAGGAAGCUUAUCAAAAGAGAAGGAAGUAAUGCACAUUCUUCAGGAAACUUUGGCCACGCCGUCCAUCACAGCUGUUCAGCAGAACUACUCUGGUACAACUACCAAGGAAGCUAUACCAGCAUUAAUUCAACAGAUGCCAGAGGUUGUCAAGGUCCAAAAUAAACAAGAGAAAAAACCUGUGACUCCAUCCCCAUCUCCUGCAAACUCAACGGUCAGCCCACAGUCGCUCCUGCCAACAAAUAAAGUAACUGUUGGUGCCCCUUUGUCCAUAAACAUUCCACGCUUCUACUUCCCCAGUGGACUGCCGAAUGUCUGUAACAAUCAUGAGGAGACCAUUAUGAAGGUUGAGGCAGCCUUUUCAGAGUUUGAAGAUGAGAGAGCCCCCCUUAAUGAAAUGGGGAAAAUUGCAAAGAUAUGCUGCUGCCCCCUGUAUUGGAAAGCUCCCAUGUUCAGUGCAUCAGGAGGAGAGCGGACAGGAUUUGUAUCUGUACAUUCAUUUGUAGCUAUGUGGAGAAAGAUACUACACAACUGUCACGAUGAUGCAUCAAAAUUCAUUUGCCUUUUAGCAAAACCCAACUGUAACUAUUUGGAACAAGAAGAUUUCAUACCAUUACUACAGGAUAUAGUGGAAACACACCCUGGACUGACUUUUCUAAAGGAUGCUCCAGAAUUCCAUUCCCGUUACAUUACUACUGUUAUUCAAAGAAUAUUUUACACUGUGAAUAGAUCCUGGUCUGGAAAAAUAUCACUAACAGAAUUAAGAAAAAGUAACUUCCUGCAAACCCUAGCCCUCUUGGAGGAAGAGGAAGACAUAAAUCAAAUAACUGAUUAUUUUUCCUAUGAACACUUCUAUGUCAUAUACUGUAAAUUUUGGGAAUUGGACACUGACCAUGACCUCUACAUCAGCCAGAACGAUCUGGCUAGAUACAAUGAUCAAGCUCUCUCAAGCAGAGUUAUAGAAAGAAUAUUCAGUGGAGCUGUACUUAGAGGAAUUCAAGUAGAGAAAGAGAACCAGAUGAGCUAUGCAGACUUUGUGUGGCUUCUGAUUUCUGAGGAAGACAAAAGAAGCCCAACUAGUAUUGAAUACUGGUUCCGAUGCAUGGAUUUGGAUGGGGAUGGCAUGCUCUCCAUGUAUGAACUGGAGUAUUUUUAUGAGGAACAGUGUGAGAGGAUGGAAUCCAUGGGCAUCGAGCCAUUGCCAUUCCAUGAUUUACUGUGUCAAAUGCUUGAUCUAGUAAAGCCAGACAUUGAGGGACGGGUAACUCUGCGAGACUUGAAAAAAUGCAGAAUGGCUCACAUAUUUUAUAAUACAUUCUUUAAUUUGGAAAAGUACCUGGAUAAUGAACAACGGGAUCCCUUUGCAGUGCAAAAGGAUGUUGAAAAUGAUGGCCCUGAGCCCUCUGACUGGGACAGAUAUGCUGCUGAGGAAUAUGAAAUUCUUGUUGCUGAAGAGUCUGGCAAUGAACAGUUACAAGAAGGAUCCUUUGAAGAUGACUAUGAAACAGAUGAACUGUUAUCGUUCCCUGAAAUUGAAGAAAAGUCGGACAAAUUAGUUAUUUCAGAUCUUGCACCAUAAAAAUAUUGCAGAUGGGUCAUUAAGGUCUGUCAGUAUUAAAUGGAAGUGUCUUCAGUUCCUAUAUUUCAAGAAGUAAUUUUAUUGUUGAAGAUGCAACCAGCCUUUGAAACACAGAUUUUUAAAAAUGUCUUCUGCAGUAUGGUAACUUCCCAAAAUAUGACACUGUCUUUGGAAAAUAUAUUUGUGCAACCAUAUGUAGAAACUGGCUGUAUGUGAUGGGAGUUGUCCAGCACAUCUGGAGAGUUUUGUAAAAGAAACAAGGAGGGCUGUACCCCACAGAAAAGCACAAAAAGAAUCCAUAUUUGCAGAAAUUGUAAAACAUGUUUAAUAAAUUAUUUGUCUUCAUA